CGCUUCGCUUCAGCCUCAGCUCAAGAUAAAGCGCCUGAGAUAAAAAAAAACAUAAAAUCCCGUUUGAUGCCGCGCAAUCCGCGCAAUUGUCGACGAAUGUGACGGGCAUGGGUUCGUAUCUGUUCGUGAACAUCGCCACGGGUCCAGAAUAUUUAGAGGCUGUGGCGUAUACUCGCGACGACAGUAGACUUCAACACACGGCACGAAGCGAGGUGGUUGGUUUGCGAUAAGGAAAAAUACUGCAUAAGCAGAGAUGGCGACACAAAGCAUCAACGGGGUGGUGGUCACGCCCGUGCAAUGCGCAACAUCGCACGACACGACUGAGUACCAGCAGUCUUCUUCCUCUUCUUCUUCUUCUCCCCCCGAGCAGACAAAGCUGUCCGACAGCGAUGUCUCGGACGAAGACGCAGCUCGACAGGUUCCCGACGCAGAGGCCGACCAGGUCGAAGAUGUAUUGGGAGUCAGUAUCGGGCGCGAGCAAAGCCGUCUAAAGGCGCGCCAGACACCCGCAGAGGAGAAGUCGCGCGCGAUUGAGAGCUCUGGCGGGUAUUUCAAUGCUGUGCCUGCGAGUCAGUAUCUCUCGCAAAUGACCGAGGAGCCGGACGAAGAGCCGCAGUCGGAAACAGUAACAGACACCAAGACGGCGAAGGAAGGGCGUUAUUCGUUUACGCGGUCAUUGCUGAAGUCUAGUUUUUCCGGACGAUCGCGAGCGUCGUCUGGCGAUUCGAUUUAUAAUCUCAACCUAAGGAAAUUCUUGCCAGAUAUUAGCUCGAUUAGCUCGCUCAGCGCACUGACGAAACGACCGGGCUCGCCCUCGAUGAAAUCAAAGUCGCUCAAUAUAGCGCGAGCGCGAUCGGCGAGUAGUCCUUUUUGCGACUCGAGAGAAGUCGACCGGUUAGCCAGGAUAAAUGCUGCCGGUAUAAAUACCUCGAGCGAGGAAAAUGUCGCCACCUUGGGACCGAUGCAGAAUGUCAGAACGCAUUCUUACCAGCGACUUCCAGCGACAAAGAAACGCCAGGUACGACCAUCUGUGUCCGACGAGAGCUUAUAUGUGAGGAAUCUGUCACGAGCGUCGACGCUGGAAAAUCGCCCUCAUUAUGAAAAUAUUCAUUCAAUGGUCAACAGCCGCUACAAGGCAAUCAAAGACAGUCUGCAAGAUUCGAGCAGCAGGCUUCUCAGCAUGCCCAACUUCAACCUCCCCGACUUUCGAAACGAGUGGUACCCAUCCCGCUUCCUCGGCGAUUACCAGCGCAAGGAACCAGGGCAAGUCGACCAGGCCCUAAAAAGCAGCCCUAAAGUACAAACCUGGCAGAACUCGCCCUACCCAAUGCUCGACCAAGCCGCGUCGCGCAUGGAAGGCGACGUUGUGGUUAUGGGCGGUUACCGCGGCUCCAUUCUUCGCUCUGCAAAACCGCCGCAUCGCCAGCUCUGGGUCCCCAUGAAAGUCGGCUUGAAUAUCCGCAAGGUCGACCUCGAAGUCGGGCUCAGCCCAGAGGAUGAAGAACGCAUGGAAGAAACCAUCAUUGCCUCCGAAGUCCUGUCCCAUAUCGGCCCUGUGGAUAUCUGUCGGCGACUGCUCCAGAGACUGCGCAAGGCGGAGAAAAACCGGCCGGGGAAGCUGCGCGUUUGGGACUAUGGGUAUGACUGGCGCCUAAGUCCGCAUCUGCUCUCAAAACGGCUUAUAAAGUACCUAGAAGGGCUACCCUGUAACUCCCCAGAUCUUCCACGGGAGAAGCGAGGCGCGUACGUGAUCGCACAUAGCUUGGGGGGUCUCAUCACGCGCCACGCGGUGAACCAACGACCAGAGCUCUUCGCCGGCGUCGUUUUUGCAGGCACACCGCAGCACUGUGUGAAUAUUCUCGGGCCGCUGCGAAACGGCGACGAGGUGUUGUUGAGCUCAAAAGUGCUCACUGCGCAGGUCAACUUCAGCAUCAGAACCAGCUACGCGCUGCUGCCCGAUGAUGGGCGCUGCUUUAUCGACAAGGUCACGAAAGAGGAGUACUUGGUUGACUUUUUCGAUGUCAACAAUUGGGACGAGUACGCCUUGUCGCCGUGCAUACGGGCGCCAUCGGUUCCCGCUGGGAAUGACACAAAGAAGGGUUUAAUGGACAAUCUCCAAACAUUCCAAACAUUCCCAAAGAUCGGACUUGGGAAGCGGUUGUCAGUAAAGCUCGGAAAGCCGAAGGAAAAGGACCAGGAAGAGAUGGUUGGACCUGACACGGCGCAAACCACAGCAGGGCAAGCGGUAGGAAGUCUCGAGGGCGUUGUCGGGCCAAACACGGGUAAAAGCGGUGCCGUCAACUCGCAGGUGGCCGCUGCAACAUGCACGAUCCCGCGCAAAGACGCGAUGGAGUAUUUGGAGCGCACGUUGAAGGAAGUCCGGCAGUUCAGAGAGGAAUUGGCGUUCAAUGAAGCGCAUCAGUCGGCGAACCGGUAUCCGCCGUUAGCGGUGCUCUACUCCAAGGCUCUGCCCACCGUGUACGGCGCAAGAGUGCAGUCGAGGGACUGUAUUAAACAGGUCGAUGCGUAUGAUGACCUCGCGUUUGCUGCGGGCGACGGGGUUUGUCUGGCCUCGGCGGCGAUGCUGCCGUCUGGAUACCGCGCGAUCAAGCACGGUCUUGUCAGGUCGGACCGAGGACAUGUUGGGUUGUUGGGCGAUUUGGAGGGCGUUGGGCAGUGUCUGAUGGCCCUGAUAAACGGGAGAAGGGCCGGCGUCGGCCUGGGUGCAAUUGUUUAGUCGUGUCUACGAUACCCUGUGAAUACUGAAUACUUUAGACAGUGCUGUAUUAGAUCACGAGAUUUAUGAAAUAGAUAUAUAUACAUAUAUACAAA